AUGAGCAGCUCCCGUCAAAUUGGCCGAACGUAUUUCAACCAGACGGUCGAGGAGUUGGAAGCGGACAAAUGUGCGACUGAAGGCAUUCUCACCGCGUUGACCUCUUCUCUCAUGACCCUCAAUCACUCGUUCGUCAUCCUCAUCGUCUUCGCCAGCUUUUUCCUGACUGCGUUCGCAUUCCGAACCCUCUGGAAACCGAAUGUAUUCCCGAAAUGUGCCCAAAUUCUUCUCUGGUCGGCCCUCGUCAACGGAUUUGUUCACCAAUGCUCAAUGCUUAUUAUUAGAGUGAGUUCGGAACAACAAACGGUUAAUCGAGUUCGCCCAAUCGGUCCUUUCUAGGUCAAAGCUAUUCAUCACACAAUACUGUACUCUUCCGACGCGUGCUCUAUCCAGUUCCACACAUCACAGUGCAUGAUCGACAACUUUGUCUAUUACUUCACAAAUCUCUUCGGCUCCUUCUUCCUGGCUUCUCUCUUCCUCGACCGACUCAUCUCCAUCAAACGGCACUAUUCCCUGUUCAAGUGCAUAGCUCUCUCCGCUUCGUCUACAUCGCCUUCCAAAUCGUCGGCGCCUGCCUCGUCCUUUUCUGGGUCUUCUACAAUGUUCCGUUCGUCGGAUACGUUCCCACCUGCGUCUAUCCUCCGCAGGCAUCGCUCAUCCGAUUCUACAAAACCAACGUUUAUCGUCUAAUUGCUCUUUUCCUCAUUCUGUUUGCGUCACUUGUCGUGCUAUUAGUCAACAGAAAUCGAGAGAAAAGGUGAGUAUUCUCAGAGUAGUCUUAAUGAAUUCCGAGUUUAGAAUGAUCCACAUUGUCUACGACACCGAAUCUCGCUACAAAUCCUAUGAGAACUUUCUGACGACCAGGGCUGUCUGCCUGAUAAUCUUCUCCCAAAUCGGGUGUCUCGCGUCCACGUCACUUGGAAGUAAACUCCGAGAGCAUUAGAACCUAUUAACAAACUUGUUUAUUUUCAGCCGGCAUCAUUCACAUGUACGAACUGCAGAUGUCCGAGUCUCUCUUCCAUUUCCUCGUCGCCUGCAUGACGGUUAAUUCUACCCUUUCUCAAAUGUGACUCAUCCUUUCCAUUUCAGGGUGUCACCUACUCGAAUUUCUUCCUCCCAAUCGUAAUCUGUCAACAGAAUUCUCAAAUCAUCAACCGUCGUCGCACUACAAUCGGACUUUUGCGUCAAGAGAAACGGACGCCCGAGGGGCACUUCAUUUCGCUCGGAGAGGCUUGGAAAUAG